AUGCAAUUAAAAAACUCUUCUGUGUUUUAAUCAAAUAGUAAAGCAGUAUUUGGAAAUGCGCUUCAGAUUACCUUAAGAAACUAAGAAUAAAGAACUGAAUUUGGCAGUGAUUAAGUUUAGUUAAUCUCAAAUCAAUUUCAUACUCCUCGAAGUCUUUUUUACUAGUCUCAUCAUAUAGAAUAAUAGUAACAACAACUAGGAUACUAAUACAGUUAAAGGGAAUUAUAGAAAUCUCCGCAAAUAUUUAAUGAUAGAAUUUUUGAGGAAUAGCUUCUGUUCAGCUAACCUAAUAAGCCCUCAACACAUUUAAGAAAACAGUAGUAAAUUAACCCAGAAGUACCUUAAAAAAGCUAGAGCUAAUAAAGGAAAUAAAAUAAAAUAAAUAACAAUGAUGAUUUAUUUAUAGAUUUAAACUAGAUUCAUAAAGAUUUCUCUACUUAGUUUUUUGGAGAUGAAAAUUAAAAAAAUAAUAAUCCCAGAAGAAGCUUACCUUCUUGUGGCUACCCAAACUUAGAAGCUUCUUUAUCUCCUUUUAGUAAUUCAAAUUAGUAUUCUUGUAACAAUUAAGAAAAUAUAUUUGAUUACAGAAUUUAAAAUAGUAAUAAGCAUUCAAUUUUUAUAAGCUAAAGUGUCAACUCAGUAAAAUACAAACCAUUUGAUUUGCUUGAGGAAUGUAAAAAUUAGCCUCAACAUAUUUAUUCAAAUUCACCUGCCCAUAAGAUUUAUGAUUAAUUCAAUUAGCAUCAAAGAAAUAAUUCAAAUCAAAAUACACCAACUAGAAGAGAGUUAAAGCCUCGCUCAAAUGAAGAUGUGUUAAAUAUGUGUAAAAAUAAUUUAGAUAAAGAAAAUAAAACAAGCAACUAAUUAGAUAAAUAAGAGCAGAAAGCUCAGAAUUAAAUUAACUCAAAAAGUAGAGCCCGGAAUAUUAACUUUUCAUCUUUUAUAAAUGAUAUUUAGAAUUCUUUUAAUUAAGAUUCAUCUCAACAAAAUUAAGUAAAUGAAAAAACUGAAUUAAAUUAACAAAAUUCAAGUUAAUUAAUUUAAAGCUCACAAAAUCCCAAGCCAUACAGUAACUCAGUUAAUCAUUCACCUCAAAUUAAAAAUGGCUCUUAAAAAUCGAUUUUAAAGCCUCCAAAAGAGAAAAUUUUAGAUUUCUUUAAUGAAUUGGUGGAUGUUACUAAAAGUCCCCAAAAUAAAAAAGUCACUUUUACUCUCUGA